AUGAUCAAAGCAGUUAGCAAGUCAAAUGGAGCUUCAUCCAUUUCUUCUCUGGUGCACUUGCGUAACUCUUCUCGCUUGGACGCUAUGCAUGAAUAUAUAUAUCCUGAAGAUCCACCACUCUUCCUUGUUGUUGCGCAUGAUCCAAAAUCGGAAGCAAACUUGUAUGCACCUUCUUCUGAACGCAGUGACAACCCCAUCUCCAAAGGGUUCGAAAAUCUCACGAAACUGUGGUCCCUUGAUGUAGUUGUCGAAACGCUUGCACAACAUGUGUUGCACGUUAAGGGAGUCACAAGUGACCAAAUAGUUCAUAUUGGUGAACCAUGGCCCUUUGAACUCCCCAGAGCCACCAUAUUUUUUAACAACGUCUCAGUGACAAAAUCAUGGAUCCUCCACAGGUUGAAGAACACUGGUGGUGAGACCAAAGGUAGUGGUGAUGGUACCGAUGAUAUCGAAGGCAAUGUAGCUCCUGGGGAAGGUGUCGAUGCAAUGACAGGUGAUGGACUAGGGUUGGGUGCAUCAACGGGGAUGGGGCAGAAGUGGCUGUAG